CAAAACUUGUAAACAAGUUGAAAUAUUUUAUUUUUGCACUGUAAUUGUAUUUAUAAAGUGAUAACGAAUUCACACCACACUGUGACCACACCGAUAGUGUGUAAGUGCGAGAUUGUCUUGCCAACCAUUGUACACCGCAUUCAGUUUAUUACAUUUGAACCAUCAGGAUGAACUUCGCCGGAAAAGUGGUUGUAAUAACCGGUGCGAGCUCCGGCAUCGGCGCGGCCACGGCCGUGCUGUUCUCGCGGCUCGGCGCGCGCCUGGCGCUCACCGGCAGAAACUUCGAGAACCUGCAGAAGGUGGGCCGCGACUGCGACCAGAAAACCGCUCCUUUACUCGUGCCCGCUGAUCUUACCAAGGAGGCCGACAUCGAGACCAUCGUCAACAAGACCAUAGACCACUACGGGCAGCUAGACGUGCUCGUCAACAAUGCCGGGAUCAUUGAGACCGGAACUAUCGAGACCACCAGCCUGGCCCAGUACGACCGCCUCAUGAACACCAAUGUGCGUUCCAUCUACUACCUUACCAUGUUAGCUACGCCCCAUCUUCUCAAGACUAAGGGCAACAUUGUUAAUGUCUCCAGCGUCAACGGCAUCAGAUCUUUCCCUGGUGUCCUCGCAUACAACAUCUCUAAAGCAGCUGUUGACCAGCUGACAAGGUGUGUUGCUCUGGAAUUAGCCCCCAAAGGCGUUCGCGUCAACUGUGUGAACCCUGGCGUCAUUCUCACUGAGCUUCAGAAGAGAGGUGGUUUGAAUGAGCAGCAGUAUGCGGCCUUCUUGGAGAGAAGCAAGGAGACUCAUGCCCUCGGGCGGCCGGGGAAGCCUGAAGAAGUUGCCAAUACUAUUGCAUUUUUGGCUAGUGAGAUGGCCAGUAACAUCACAGGAGCUAGUCUGCCAGUAGACGGUGGUCGCCAUGCUAUGUGCCCCCGGUAAAUAAAAGUACAUAACAAUGUUUUCAUAUUAUUAUACUCAAUACUAGUCCUAAGGGUAAAAUCAACCAAUUAUAACUUUUUUAUGUGUUUGGAAAUAUUUACUCUGUUAUUACAUAAGUGCAAAUACUUAAAAAUUAAACCAUUAUUUUGAUUUUAAA